GUGCUGUCCUGCCGUGGAAUCCCUUUGCUCAGUGUUCUCCUAUCCAAUCAGGUGGAAUGUUUCACAGGCACAUGGUUUAUACAGCUCAAAAUAACUUGGGACCUGUGAGCUGACAAAUGCUCUGGCUCCGGUGGUGACAGGUUGUCCAGCUUCUAACAGCCAUCUUCACUGAAACUAAGGUUAACUCCUCACUCUCUAUGGACGGCUACUCUCUAUUUCCAAGGGCGUGAAGAAUUUUCUUUUUCUCCUGAGCUUUCAUCUAAACGUUCUCCUUGGAUAAUUAUCAUCACAGUGGAGUGCCUGGGUUGGACAUCCUCAUCUGGGUCAACUGAAAAAAGAAAGCAUGCAAGACGACAGCCUAGAAGCUUCUACUUCCAUAUCUCAGCUUCUGAGAGAAAGCUAUUUGGCUGAAACUAGGCAUCGGGGAAACAAUGAGAGGAGUCGAGCAGAGCCUUCCUCCAAUCCUUUCCAUUUUGGGGGUUCUUCUGGAGCUGCUGAAGGUGGAGGAGGCCAAGAUGACCUUCCAGAUCUUUCAGCCUUUCUGAGCCAAGAAGAAUUAGAUGAAAGUGUCAAUCUGGCAAGAUUGGCAAUCAAUUAUGACCCUCUGGAGAAAGCAGACGAAGCUCAAGCUAGAAAACGUUUUUCUUCUGAUCAGACGAAACACUCAUCUAUAUCAAGUUUUGACCCUAACUUCUGCCAGGAUAACUCUCGAAGCCCUACCAACUCUAAAGAGAGCCUCCAGGAGACAAAAAGGCCACAGUACAGUUCUGAAGCCCAGUCCAAAAAAGUAUUCUUAAAUAAGGCUGCCGAUUUCAUCGAAGAGCUCUCAUCCCUUUUCAAAGCCCAUAGCUCCAAAAGGAUUAGACCUCGUGCCUGCAAAAACCACAAGAGUAAACUGGAAUCGCAAAACCAAGUUAUGCAGGAAAACAGCUCCAGUUUCCCUGAUCUAUCAGAAAGAAGAGAAAGAUCUUCGGUUCCCAUACCUAUCCCUGCAGAUACCAGGGAUAAUGAAGUGAACCAUGCACUGGAACAGCAGGAAGCUAAGAGGCGUGAAGCUGAGCAGGCUGCUGGUGAGGCGGCCAGUGGAGACACCACCCCAGGGUCCUCUCCUUCUUCUUUGUACUAUGAAGAACCUCUGGGGCAACCUCCCCGGUUCACACAAAAGUUACGGAGCAGAGAAGUUCCAGAAGGAACCAGAGUACAGUUGGAUUGCAUAGUGGUAGGAAUUCCACCACCUCAAGUAAGGUGGUACUGUGAAGGCAAGGAGCUUGAAAAUUCCCCAGACAUUCACAUCAUCCAGGCAGGAAAUCUGCACUCACUGACCAUUGCUGAAGCCUUUGAAGAGGACACUGGACGUUAUUCCUGCUUUGCUUCUAACAUCUAUGGGACAGAUUCAACUUCUGCUGAGAUUUACAUAGAAGGGGUUUCUUCUUCAGACUCAGAAGGGGACCCUAACAAGGACGAAAUGAAUCGAGUCCAGAAGCCAAAUGAGGUGGCAUCGCCUCCCACUACUUCUGCAGCCAUUCCUUCAGCAGUACCCCAAACCCAGCCUGUGGUGGCCCAGCCCAGGGUAUCAACCAUCCAGCAGUGUCAGAGCCCUACAAACUACCUGCAAGGAUUGGAUGGAAAACCUAUCAUUGCAGCUCCUGUGUUUACAAAGAUGUUACAAAAUUUAUCAGCCUCUGAGGGUCAGCUAGUUGUCUUUGAAUGCAGAGUAAAAGGAGCCCCAUCUCCUAAAGUUGAGUGGUAUAGAGAAGGGACCUUGAUAGAAGAUUCUCCAGAUUUUAGAAUUUUACAGAAAAAACCUCGAUCCAUGGCAGAGCCAGAGGAGAUCUGUACUUUGGUCAUUGCUGAGGUAUUUGCAGAAGACUCUGGGUGCUUCACAUGUACUGCAAGCAACAAAUAUGGCACAGUGUCAAGCAUUGCACAGCUAGAUGUGAGAGGAAAUGAAGAUCUCAGAAACAAUGGGUCUCUUCACUCAGCCAACUCCACCACCAACCUAGCUCUUAUUGAGCAACAGCCAUCCCCACCCAACCCAGAGCCUCCUGUGGAACAACCCCCUAAACCCAAACUGGAAGGGGUGCUGGUGAACCACAACGAGCCCCGGUCCAGCUCAAGGAUCGGGCUCCGUGUGCACUUCAACCUGCCUGAAGAUGACAAAGGAAGCGAAGAAUCCUCCGAGGGUGGCAUGGUGACCACCCACCAGACCAGGCCAGAUUCCUUCCAGGAGAGAUUCAAUGGACAGUCAGCAAAAAUCUCUGAGCCUUCCUCACCCGUCAAAGAGCCCCCUCCAGUUCUGGCCAAACCCAAACUCGACUCCAGUCAGCUACAACAGCUUCACAACCAAGUUUUACUGGAACAACAGCAUUUGCAAAACCCAUCUCCUUCAUCUCCUAAGGAGUUUCCUUUCAACAUGAGUGUUUUGAACUCCACUACUGUUCCAGCAGUGACAGUGUCCAGCAAGCAUGCGAAGGCCUCUCCAUCACAGACAUUCAGCUUGGCCCGGCCAAAGCACUUCUUCCCCUCUACAAGUACCACUGUGGCCUCCGUGUCCCCUUCCAGCUCUCCAGUGUUCACCCUGAGCAGCACUCCUCAAGCCAUGCAGAGGACAGUGAGCAAAGAAAGCCUCUUAGUUACUCACCCCUCGGCUCAAACCAAAUCUCUAGGAGGGGCCUCCAUCCAAAAUGAGCUGCUCCCCACUCCAGCUCCAACAGAGCCAGCGCAAUCGCCACUCACGUUUUCCAUCUCCAGCGGAAACCAGUUUCAGCCCCGCUGUGUGUCCCCAGCUCCUGUCUCUCCCACUGGCCGGAUUCAGAACCCAGUGGCUUUCCUCAGUUCCGUUCUGCCUUCUCUCCCUGCCAUCCCACCCACCAAUGCCAUGGGGCUGCCUAAAAGCGCACCAUCCAUGCCAUCCCAGGGACUAAUGAAGAAAAAUACAAAGUCUUCCCACCCAGUGAAUGAUGAUUACAUCCGUGAAACUAAGAAUGCGGUGAUUCUAGACUUGGGAAAAAAGAUGAAUUUCAGUGAUGUCAGAUCAAACCAGCAGGAGUACAAAAUCUCAAGCUUUGAGCAGAGGCUGAUGAAUGAAAUAGAGUUUCGCUUGGAACGCACCCCUGUUGAUGAAUCAGAUGAUGAAAUCCAACAUGAUGAGAUCCCCACGGGCAAGUGUAUAGCUCCCAUCUUUGACAAAAGACUCAAGCACUUCCGGGUCACCGAAGGCUCUCCAGUGACAUUCACCUGCAAAAUUGUUGGGAUACCUGUCCCAAAGGUUUACUGGUUCAAAGACGGGAAGCAGAUUUCAAAGAGAAAUGAGCACUUCAAAAUGAAGCGAGCAGGAGACGGGACAUGCUCUCUGCACAUUAGCUCCACCCGCAGUGACGACGACGGCAACUACACCAUCAUGGCCGCCAACCCCCAGGGGAGAAUCAGUUGUUCUGGUCACUUGAUGGUACAAGGUUUGCCCAUCCGAAAUCGACUAACAGCUGCUGGUCAGUCUCACAGAGGAAGGUCCCGAGUGCAAGAAAGAGACAAAGAGCCCCUACAGGAACGCUUUUUCCGACCACAUUUCCUGCAGGCUCCUGGGGAUAUGGUGGCUCACGAGGGGCGCCUCUGCCGCCUGGACUGUAAGGUGAGUGGCUUACCGCCCCCGGAGCUGACGUGGCUGCUCAAUGGCCAGCCUGUCCUCCCCGACACCUCCCACAAGAUGCUGGUCAGGGAGACCGGAGUCCACUCUCUGCUCAUUGACCCGCUCACUCAACGCGACGCGGGGACCUACACCUGCAUUGCUACCAACAAAACUGGGCAGAAUUCCUUUAGCUUGGAGCUCACUGUAGUAGCCAAAGAAGUAAAGAAGGCACCUGUAAUCCUGGAGAAACUGCAGAACAGCGGUGUUCCAGAAGGCCACCCCGUGAGACUGGAGUGCCGGGUGAUAGGCAUGCCUCCGCCCGUGUUCUACUGGAAGAAAGACAAUGAGACCAUCCCUUUCACCAGAGAGAGGAUCAGCAUGCACCAGGACACAACUGGGUAUGUCUGCCUCCUCAUUCAGCCAGCCAAGAAAUCAGAUGCUGGAUGGUACACACUGUCAGCCAAGAAUGAAGCGGGCAUCGUGUCCUGCACUGCCAGGCUGGAUAUAUAUGCUCAGUGGCAUCACCAGAUCCCACCGCCCAUGACCGUCCGGCCCAGUGGCAGUCGCUAUGGAUCACUCACCAGUAAAGGACUUGACAUUUUCUCUGCUUUCUCCUCCAUGGAAAGCACGAUGGUGUAUUCCUGCUCUUCUCGGAGUGUAGUGGAGAGUGAUGAACUUUAAGAAUGUCUGGGUGCCUGCUGUGUAAGGGGGCAGACUGUGGAGGGGGAAGGAGGACAAACCAGAUAAGGUGGUUUCCAAGCAACUGGAUUUGAGUAAGUUUCCAUGCUGCUGGACCUGUGGCAAGGAGAGCUUUGAGUAAGUCAGCUGGGGACUCCUGCAUCUCUCCUGGGAGAGAUGGAGGGCUGUACCUUUUAAGAUUCCAACAAAAUGAGAAGAUAAUAUGGAUGAACCAAAGAUAUAACGCAGAUGCUGUCCACUGCUUUGGGAAAAAGUUAGCAUGCUCCUCUGCCCUCUGCUGUGUUAGGGGUGUUCAGGCCCUCCUAAGAGCAAUGAGGGGCCAGAUGCUUGGGCUGAAAGGAGUUAGACAGUAGUGACCUUAGGUAUCCUAACUCACCAAACAAUGCAAAGGGAAAAGGCAAGGGGGUCAGGGGGAGGUGGUGUCCAUCACCUUUCACUGAUUGCAUUCAUAGCAGAAGUUUUGGAUUCAUUAAAUCAGCUUCUACUUAGCACUAGGAGACUGUGCUAUACAACUCACAUACGUAGAGAAGCACUUUUGAUGUGCUUAUCCUGGGUAUAUUGAGCCACAUGAUAAAGUGCCAAAAUGUGCCUGAGAUACCAAAAAAAAAAAAAUCACUGAAUGCUCAAUAUUGCACAGUGCACUUAUUCUAUAGCCAAAAUAGGGACCCACCAGCCUGCCUGCACCAUUUUCUUUUGAAUAUGAUGGUGAGUGGUUUUUCUCUCUGAAUAUAUACAUAGAUUCUAUAACUAAAGUGUUGUUAAUAAACCAACCAGAAAGAAAUCUUCUGCGGGGUCACUUUUAAAACUACUAGCUUCAGUUGCCACUUGCAAAACUAUGCAGGCAUCAUCAUUAUCUGCCCACAGAAUAAUGACUCUCCUGUUUCUCCCGUCGCCCCCCAAAGUCUGCACAUCUAUGAAGCAAUGAGAAAGGAAAAAAUGCAAACAAGGAGAGGAGGUGAUGAGAGAAUGGUUUUUGUUGUUUCAUUUCCCAGAGCAAAGCAGUGGUUGUGGAAGGAGAGGUCUUUAAUAGUUGUGAACUGCUUUGAAAUCAUUAGUCAAAUUGCAUUUUCUAUUCAGAAAAUACUAUGCUAACUGAAGAAGUGGGAGGGAAAAGGAAUGUGCCUCUUUAUUCUAACUCACCAAUUCAGAAUUUGCCUCUCCACUUUAGGAAUUUUUAGACUUACAUUCACUGUGAUAGCCCAGUGCCUAGAAGAUUGCUUAGCACAAAAUAGAUCUUUGAUAAAUAUUCAUUGAAUGAAUGAAUUUUACAUUAGAGAAAUCUACAAUGCAUGAACCAGUCAAAACACUGCCCUAGGGAUAGUCGUCAUGGCACAGUCUGCUCCAAAUUCACUAGGGAAAUGAAAUGGAGUAUCUGUUACCAACUCCCUGUGCCCAAGUCUUUGGUGUUCUCUGAGCCAGACACCCUCAGCUGGCAUCUUACUCAAGUGAACAAAUAGUAAUUGCUUAGAAAGGCUUGAAAUUUCCUUCACUUUAAGGCAAAGAUUUCCAGUAUAAAAAUAAAUUCAUUCACUCAAAAAAUA